UCAUAUGAAAUUUUAAGGGGACUGAGGCGAUCACCAAUUUGUGUACAGUUUAUGGAGAAUCACAGAAUUUUAGAAGGGCUGAGUAGAAAAUGACCAUGGUGGCGUCAUAAUGAUGAUAUAGAGGUGGAUUAAUUCAGGAAGAACACCAGUGAAGGCCUAGUCUCUUGGUGUGUGCGCGCGCGUGGAGGCAGUCUGGCAGUAGAAACUACAACAUGACCUUCGAAACACAGGUCAGAUUUAUUGUAGCAACGAGCCCUAGCGACCGUUAGAGUCCAUGGCGACAACAGUGGCAGGACGUGAGUUUGUGUACAGGAAUGCGACAUUUCCUCAUCAUCUUUGACGGACUUGUUGGUGAUAUCAGGCGAAACAGAUCAGGUCGUGUAAAAGAUUGAGCAUGGGCUGCGGGAGCUCCAGAAUUACGGUGGUGGAACCCGCAAAAACGGGCUGCCUCGACACUACAAAUGAGAUUGAACCAGUGUAUGGGAGUCCUCGUGGUGACUCUGCCAUCUCUAAAAACACAACAGACAGUGGAGUUGGUUUGGAUGCAGCAGAAAUCACUGUGCCUUCCAGGACAGUUCCUAGGAUUCUCCCACCACUGCAAGCUCACAGUCCAAGGCAGACUCAGGAGAGCCAGAGACUGGAGUCAAGUGUGAUUCUGGAACAACUGCUGAGUCAGGGCAUCAUCCCUGCCCAAAGCAGAGUGGCAGGCAGUGGAGAAGCGUACAACAUCGUGCUAGCUGAUGGAGAGGUUCCGAGGAAGAGGCCGCCACCUCGCCUGGAGUCACUGAAGAUCCGUAAAGAACAAGAGGUCAUUAGAAAGGAAGACAUUGAUGAGAAGAUGAGACAAGUAGAGGAAAGGAGGAAGAUACGGGAGGAAGAUCUGAGAAACAGACUGAGGGCUAAAUCUGCACGGCCUCGUGGAGCUGCUCUUGUCCAAGUUGGGGAGGAAGCCGCCCCUGUGGUUGAUUCUCCUCCAUCUCCCCAUAUUCCAACCACAGCCAAAGAUCCUGACAUGGACAGCAGUGGAGAAGAAGUAGCUAACCUACUCUCCUGUGCAGGCGAAUAACCCAAACUUUCAUUAGAAUAAAGUCUUUUAACCUGGGCCUGCUCUGCCCUCUCUCUGGACCACUACUCUUAUGCUGGUCCACCAUAGCUUAUUCCUAUCCAGAUUUUAUUUAGCAUAAUAGAGGCAUAUAAAGUGUGCAUAUGGUAUAAACUGGGAUUUUACCAAGCAUACAGUUUUGCACUUGCACUUUAUAAUACUAUAGUUAGUGUUUGUUAAUUCUGGGCAUGGGUCAAUUCAACAAAUAGAACAGAUAGACAUAUAUAUAUAUAUAU